CAACCGGCUGCGUUGCCGGAAACCGACGUUUGUGUACAAUUCACGGAUUAAAAAAAAAAAAAGAAAUAUCUGUAAAACAACGCCAUAAAGAUCUUAAUCAGAGACAUGAGUUCAAAGAGACCCAAGAGCAAAGAGGGCCAUAAACCCAAGGGAAAAGAUAAAACAAAGGAGAAUUUCCCCAGUGAAGGUGCAUCGGUACCUGAUCAUCCCGAUUACAUCUUCCCACUGGUCCUGACCUCUGCCACGCAGGAGCUGUUUGGUUGCCGGGCAGAUGAGGAUUUAACUGGAGAAAACCCUUACAAGCUGCUGAAAAAAGAUGAUAUCAUACAGGACAUGAAAAACAGAGCGUCCGUGUCUGACUUCAGUCCCAUCAAACAAAUAGUGCUGGACUACCCUGAAGAUGAACUUCUGCUGGUGUUCGACAGAGACUUUAUAUACGGACAGAGCUUCUAUCUGGUGAUCACAGUAGAGGCCAAAGAAAACAUACUGAAGCCUUUAGUUCAGGGUGAUGAUGAAGAGCAGACCAAGCAUGAAGAGGAAGAGGAGGAGGAGAUGGUCAUGCCAAAAACUCCAGAAUCUCACCCAUGGAUCUCUCUGGGAAGCGAGCAGGAGAUCGAGGAAGAGUCGGUCACAGAGUCCAGACCCAGACUCCGGUUUAAGAUCUCUCCUCUGCUGCGGCGCUGUGGUGCUCCAGUGUGUUUCUCGGACCGAAGCGCUCUGGAUGGUAAGGAAGGAUUCGUGGAGUGCCCUUCAUACCAGGAUAAGAGCUUCAGCAUCAGACAGAUGGAGAGACACACGGCCGUCCAGGCCUCCAGCGAAAGCAGAGACUCGUCCACUCAGACACUGUGGAAGUACCCAAGGAACAUGUGGACCCAGUACGAGUCUCGAGAGUUCAGCCCGGAGGAGAAAGAACAUCACCUGCGGUCAGAAAACCUGAAAAACUUCAUCACAUCUGUACUGAUAAGGUUUGAAAUCUCCCUUCAGCAGAAUCACAUCACGGAUGUUUUCCGUGAUGAUUGGACAGAUCUGUGUGAGGAGGACGGCGCUCUGACGGGGAAAACAGAGACGCAGCUGAAGGAAUAUCAGUCCUUCAUGGACCUUCACUGCAGCAAAGAGAAAACCAUCAGCCACAUCCACUGGCAUCCCACCAUCAGCGGUGUGAUUGCUGUGUCCAUGACAGAAAGACUUUCUCUUGAACAACGGAUCGAGAACUCCACUAAACUCCUCUUAAACCCGUCCUACAUUCUCUUCUGGAACUUCACCGACCCUAUAAACCCACAGUUGCAGCUGGAAUGUCCCGAUGAUGUUCUGUGCUUCCAGUUCUGUCCGUCCGACCCAAAUAUCAUCGCUGGAGGUUGCAUGAAUGGCCAGGUAGUAUUAUGGGAUAUCUCAGCUCAUGUAGAGAGACUGCAGGACACACGCAGUGGCGGCAAAAACAUUUCAAACAAACUAGACAAAAAAGAUGUGACUCCAGUGGUCCGAUACUGUGCUGUAUCUGGGAUAGAGAACGGACACAAAGCCCCAAUCACAGACAUCCAGUGGCUGCCAGAAAGCUUUGAGUUGUCCAAAUUAGGGAUCCCAGUGGAAAAUCCGAGUCGUAUCUCCGUUCAGCUGGUGACGUGUGCUCCUGACUGCUGUGUGUUAUUCUGGGACCUUCGGCCGCCUCGCGUCGUGUCUCAGUCCCUCACGGACGUGAAACAGAAAUCGGAGGAAAAGCCUCUGGAAAACCCUCAUGGUGUUCCCAAUACGUUCAAACACCUCAACCUGACCUGGAAACCCUUUAUCCGUGUCUCCUUACCAAAGAUUGGCUCCAGCGGUGAAUACAGUCCUCUGAAGCUCAGCUUGAGGGACAAUACAGUGGACUAUCCUACAGGAGAUAAACCUCCGCAGAACGUGGACCGCCAGGAAGCCUGUGGGUUCUCACAGCUCCGGGUGCCGUCGGCCAAACAGCAGAAACCUCUGGAGAACAUCAGCACCAAGCUGUUCGUGGGGACCGAGGUGAAAACACACGGCAGCUCAAUGUCGUUGCUUUUCAUGUUUAGUCAAUUAAUGCGUGUAUUUUUGCUGCGCUCGUGUAAGGAUGGUGAACUCGUUUACACCGACUGGAAAAUGGAGAAGGACAAUGACUCCGGGCGUCUGCUGAGCGCUAAACCCAUGCAUCGGUUCCCGCUCUACGACACUCUGGUGAACACGGUCAGCCGCUCUCCGUUCUUCAGAGACAUCAUCCUGACGGUCAGCAGCUUCAGCUUCGCUCUCUGGAAGGAAGGGGUCACGAGCGGCCCGCUCCUCAUGUCGGCCUGCUCCAAGGCGCUCCGUACGGCGGGUCACUGGUCUCUGUCCCGGCCGGCGGUCUUCUUCAUCGGGAGGGAGGACGGAAGCGUGGAGGUGUGGGAUCUUCUCCAGGACAGUCACGAGCCGUCUCAGAUCCAGAGCGUCAGCAGCUCGCCCAUCACCGGCAUCAGGACCGGCGGCCUCUCGGGUCAGACUCGCUCCGUCCGCUGGGCCGAAGCGCUGCGCUCCCGUACUGACCGCCCCGUCUCUCUCUCCGCAGCCAAGCAGCACCUCCUGGCCGUUUCGGACCGCCUCGGGACCCUGCACGUCCUACAGAUCCCCUGGAGCCUGCGCAGGUCCUCCGGCAGCGAGAGACAGAUCGUGAAGAAGUACUUGGAGAAGGAAGAGGAAAGGCUGGAGUAUUUCGAGAAACGUCAGCUCAAACAUGAGAGGGAGAAGAAAGAGAUGGAAGCCGAACAACAGAGGAAGAAAACGGAGCCGGUGAUGCCCCUGAAACAGGAAGAGGAACUAGAAGCAGAAGCACUGAAGGAAUACGGACGGUUUCUGUCUCUGGAGAAGGACAUCCUGAAGAACAUGGGCCUCCUGAACGAAUCAGACGACAGAUCGGACCUGUAACGCAUUAGAAACGUCAAACAUUACAAGCCUAUAAAACAUUAAAAGCUGUUUUUU